AUGAAGCCGCUGGAGAAGUUGCUGAAGAAGCCGGGCUCGCACCUGCCCGCCCGCCCCCCCGGGGCUGCCCCGGCCCCGCUCCCGGUGCCCCGGCGGCGGAGCCUCUCUCGCCCCCUCUCCUCCCCCGAGGAGCCGGGGGGGCCGCGGCCGGCCGAGGGGGGGUGGUUGGAGCUGCGGCCCCCCCCCGCCCCCGAGGCGCCGCCGCGCUCCCCUUCGGCGCUUUCCCCCUCCGAGCUUUCCCCGGGGGGGGACCGCGACCGGGAGCCGCUGCCGAGCCCGGAGCCGCCGCUGCCGCCGCUGCCGCCCCCCCCCGCCGCCGCCCGCUGCUGCUGCUGCUGCCCCCCCGCCGCCCCCGCGCCCCCCGAGCGCCUCCUGACCGCGCUCCUCGAGCGGCUGCCGGCGGGGGGGGCGCACGGCCGGGGCUGCGGAGCAGACUCGCUGCUGGACGACAUCGUGCUCACGCACUCGCUCUUCCUGCCCACCGAGCGCUUCCUGCAGCAGCUGCACCAGCACUUCGUGCUGGCGGGCGGCAGCCCCCCGGCGUGCUGGGAGGAGGGCGCGGGGCUGCGGCGCAAGCGCGCGGUGCUGGCCGUGCUGCUGCACUUCCUCGAGACCUACAAGGGGCUGCUGCAGGAGGAGGAGAGCGCGGGGAAGGUGAUCAAGGAGCUGUACCUGCUCAUCAUGAAGGACACGGCCCUGUACCACGAGCUGGAGGACGACAUCCUCAAGCUGCACCAGCUCGUGGAGACGGUGGAGCUGAAGGUGGCCGACGAGACGCCCCCCCCGAGCAAGCAGGUGAAGCCGCUGUUCCGCCACUUCCGCCGCAUCGACUCCUGCCUGCAGACCCGGGUGGCUUUCCGGGGCUCCGACGAGAUCUUCUGCCGCGUCUACAUGCCCGACCACUCGUACGUCACCAUCCGCAGCCGCCUCUCGGCCUCGGUGCAGGACAUCCUGGCCUCGGUGACGGAGAAGCUGCAGUACUCGGAGGAGCAGAGCGCCCGCGAGGACGCCCUCGUCCUCGUCACCGUGGCCUCGUCCGGAGAGAAAGCGGUGCUGCAGCCCAGCGAGGAGUGCGUCUUCACCACGCUGGGCAUCAACAGCCACCUCUUCGCCUGCACCAAGGACGCCCUCGACUCGCUGGUGCCGCUGCCCGAGGAGAUCCCGGUGGUCCCCGGGGACACGGAGAUCCACCGCGUGGAGCCCGAGGACAUCGCCAACCACCUCACCGCCUUCCACUGGGAGCUCUUCCGCUGCAUCCACGAGCUGGAAUUCGUGGAUUACGUCUUCCACGGGGAGCGCGGGCGGCGGGAGACGGCCAACCUGGAGCUGCUGCUGCAGCGCUGCAGCGAGGUGCAGCACUGGGUGGGCACCGAGCUGCUGCUCUGCGAGUCGCUGGGCAAGCGCGCCCACCUGCUCAAAAAGCUCAUCAAGAUCGCGGCCAUAUGCAAGCAGAACCAGGACAUGCUGUCCUUCUACGCCGUCGUCAUCGGGCUCAACAACGCGGCCGUCAGCCGCCUGCGCCUCACCUGGGAGAAGCUGCCGGGGAAAUUCAAAAAUCUGUUUCGGAAAUUUGAGAACCUGACGGACCCCUGCAGGAACCACAAGACCUACCGGGAGGUGCUGGCCAAGAUGAAGCCCCCCCUCAUCCCCUUCGUUCCGCUCAUCCUCAAAGACCUGACCUUCCUGCACGAAGGCAGCAAGACCCUCCUGGACGGGCUGGUCAACGUGGAGAAGCUCACUUGCAUCGCUGAGAAAGUGAGGACCAUC